UAUAGUAUUGCAAAUUUUAAGAAUUAAUAAUAAUAACGUCGCCAACGGGCCGAGAGCAUAGCAGAACGUCAUUUGAAGUGAAAACCGAGGAGGAAAAAUUGAUUUUGUUAGCCAUCCGCAGAGCACAGCACAGUCACAGCCACAGCACUGCUCCUGCUCCUCCGCAUGGGUAAAGUUAUGAGAGUGAAUUCGUUGUCACCACCGCCCGCCCGACACAACUGCCCCAACUGCCACUCCCUCGUGCAGAAAGAGCAGCAGAAACAAUCGAAAUUGAAAACAAAAACAAAAAUCGAAAUUUAUUUUAUGUUCAACAAUUUGUGCAAGCGAAAAACUUUAACGGAUUAUCAUUUAUUGACACUAAAACAACAAAACAAGGCGGAAAGUGAGUAAAAAAAAGAAGAAGAAAACGCAGUGAUCGUAAAGAGCAAAACCAAAUAUAAACCUAUAACAGUAGAAUACAUAUAUGUAUAUAACCCAUAUCGAAAUCUAUAAAGCAUUCAAUACCUUAUUAUUUUUGAGAUCAAGGCAGGACUAGUGCCAAGGAUAAGCGUAACAAAAAGCAGGUUUUCCUUUUCUAAAAUGGUUGGUGUUGCGGCGGAUCCCUCGCAGGCAGAUCAACUGUCCUCGGACAAGAAUCCUAUGAUCAAGUACAUGCUCAAGACCAGGGAGAAUCAUGCCAAGGAGCAGGAUGAGGACUACUCGCAUGUCUUUCGCCGAAAGACCCGAUUCGAGAUGUUCCGCCUAUCAGCCAUUGCCAUGGCCAUUGAGUUUGCGUAUGCAGCCGAGACUAGCUUCGUGUCCCCCAUUCUGCUGUCGAUCGGCGUCGAUCAUAAGGUCAUGACCAUGGCCUGGGGACUAUCGCCACUGAUUGGCUUCUUUGUGUCGCCGCUCCUGGGCAGCAUCAGUGAUCGUUGUAAGCUGCGAUGGGGACGACGUCGUCCUAUCAUUUCCAUACUAUCCUUUGGCAUCUUUUGCGGCCUCAUCCUGGUGCCCUACGGCAAAGAUCUGGGCGUGCUGCUUGGCGAUGUGGGCUACAAUUACACGGAGGUGGCCGUCACUAACAUCACCAAUUUCGUCAGCGAAGGAUCUGUGGCGGCAUUGGUUGCCGCCUCAGCGGAGGCAACCGGACCGUCCGCUUCCGACUAUAAGUACGCCGUAAUCCUCACUAUUCUGGGCAUGGUGAUGCUGGACUUUGAUGCGGACACCUGCCAAACACCGGCCCGCACCUACCUGCUGGACAUGUGUGUGCCCGAGGAGCAGCCCAAGGCAAUGACAAUGUUUGCGCUCUUUGCCGGCUUUGGGGGCACCAUCGGCUAUGCCAUCGGGGGCGUUGACUGGGAGAUGACGCACAUUGGCAGCUUCCUGGGCGGAAAUAUACCCACGGUCUUUGGCCUGGUCACCAUAAUAUUUGUGAUAUGCUACAUCAUUACGGUGACCACGUUCCGGGAGAUUCCUCUGCCGCUGAUGGAGCAGGAUGAACUGCUGCGCCCCAUGACCGAUGCGGCUAUCAAGAAGGAGCUGAAGAAGAACAACAAUGCCGUCUACUACAUCCAGGAGACAACGCAGCUGGAGCUAAAAAUGAUCGUGGAUGAUGCCAAACGUGCCGAGGCACUCCAGGGUAGCUAUCAGAAUGGAUACUCCCCCGCGCUGGAGAAGAACACAAGAGACCUCGAGGGACAGUCGGUGGCUGAGGCUCCUGUGUCGCUAAGUGCCUAUCUCAAGAGUAUAUUCGUUAUGCCGUACUCGAUGAGAAUGCUGGCUCUGACCAAUCUUCUGUGCUGGAUGGGCCACGUCACCUAUUGCCUCUACUUCACCGACUUUGUAGGCGAAGCUGUGUUCAAUGGGGAUCCGACGGCGCCACCAACCUCCGAGGCGUACCUUCGCUAUGAGGCCGGUGUCCGAUUUGGCUGCUGGGGCAUGUCCAUCUAUGCCUUCUCCUGUUCGAUAUACUCGUUGUCCGUAACGAAGCUAAUGAAGUGGUUCGGCACCAAAGCUGUGUACAUCAGCGGCAUGAUCUACUAUGCCAUUGGAAUGCUCAUCCUGGGUCUCUGGCCCACCAAAUGGGGUGUGCUGGUGUUUAGCACAGCUGCCGGCAUACUCUAUGGAACCAUCUUUACGGUUCCCUUUAUUUUGGUGGCCAGAUAUCAUGCCAAGAACUGCUUUCGUGUGCGGAAUGGAGAGACUCUGCCGCUGAAACAGGCCCGUGGUCUGGGUACCGAUGUCGCCAUUAUUAGCAGCGUUGUGUUCAUUGCACAAUUGAUUGUCUCGGUCUCUGUGGGGCCGCUUGUCUCCUGGAUGGGGACGACCUGUGCCGUGCUCUAUGCAUCGACUGUUAUGGCCUUUUUGGCGUCUAUUGCGGCCAUGUUUGUGCUGUAUGUCUAGACUCUAGAGGGAGGUUGUACUGUCCAUAAGGUAGAUUUAGUCUACAUGUAUUUUACAGGUCUAUAUGUAUCUUUGACGUUUUUUUAUCUUUGCCGACCUUCUGGCAGUAUCAGCGACGGCGAUCCUUGUGUUGUGGCAUACUUUUAGGCUGUACUUUUAUGUAUUUUAUUAUAACUGUGUUUUUUUUCCAUGUUUAAUCAUUUUUGUAUACAUAUAAAAUUAUGUAAAAUGUCCCCUUGGCCACUUUCUUCAGCAGUCGAAAGCCAUUUCUCUGAGUCAAACAAUAAUCCGAGAGAAGCUGAGAAUCUGUACAGCGGAUAUUAGUUUUUAUGCUCGUGCAUGGCAUUCAAAUGCAACUUUUAAUUUCCUCAAGUGCAAUUUUUUCCAUCCAAGAUGCUGCCAAUUUCCUUAGCAGCUCUGCACAUGCGACAUGCCCCUGCCACUCAGCAAACCGGCCCCAGUUAACACCCAGAAAUCGCCCAGUCGACUCCUUUGGCAUUCUUGUAAGUGUCAGAGACACAUUUCCGUUGUCGCCUUCCAGUGAUAAAUAGCAUUUAAUAAUUUUACUCACGCCCCAGCCUCCAGCGCACAUUUCCACAGGUUUCAGGACGAAAAAAGCAAUUAAAUGUGUACUACUUUCGCAGGACUAAGGAUAAGGUAUAAAAUAAACUGAGGAAUAAAGAAACGGGCAGCAAAAAAUAUCAACAAUAAUUGGAGAAUAAGUAAAAAGU